AUGCAGGACGAAAGCAAGACACCCUUGAUCAUUGUGGCAUGCGGGAGCUUCUCACCACCGACCUACUUGCACCUGCGCAUGUUCGAAAUGGCAAAGGAUCAGGUGAUUGAGUCUGGUAAUUACGAGUUGCUGGCUGGCUACUACUCACCUGUGUCGGAUCAGUACAAGAAGGAGGGACUCGUCAAAGCCAUCCACCGUGUGCGGAUGUGUGAAUUGGCUGUUGAGCGCUCGUCAAAUUGGCUCAUGGUGGAUGCGUGGGAGUCACUUCAAGGAGAGUAUCAGCGGACGGCUGUGGUGCUGGACCAUUUUGAUCAAGAGAUCAAUGGCGAAAAUGGUGAGCGCGGGAUCAAGCUUAGCGAUGGAUCAUACCGACGAAUCAAGAUCAUGCUGCUCGCAGGAGGCGACUUGAUCCAGAGUAUGGGUGAGCCUGGCGUGUGGGCCGAAGAAGACUUGCACCAAAUACUUGGUCGCUACGGCUGUCUUAUCGUCGAACGGACAGGCGCUGACGUGUGGUCCUUUUUGCUCUCGCACGACUUGCUGUGGCACUACCGACGGAAUCUUAUUGUCGUGAAGCAGACAAUCUACAAUGAUAUUAGCAGCACAAAGGUGCGCUUGUUCGUGCGACGCGGAUAUUCCAUCAAAUACCUUUUGCCGAACAGUGUGAUUCAGUACAUCGAGCAGAACCAGCUGUACCGCUAA